AGCUUGAACGUUCUUCUCACUUUCAUCGAUUCAGGCUUGCAAGUUGGACUCCAUUCCUGAUCCCAUUGGCGAGCGCCAUUCAAAAACACCUUAAUUUUGUCAACAAGCAACAGAACUUCAGAAGCAACAGCGAUUGCUUCUCGCCUAGAAGGCAUGUGCAGGUUUGAAACCCGGUGGUCGAUCAAGCAUCUGCGGAGUCCUCAAGCUGAGGGUGCAAUUUGAUCACAUUCACAAUUGGGGCUGCGAGGAACGGUGUGGAAUCACAGCAAGUCUUGUGGGCAGAAAGAAGCACAAUGAACGAACACAGCAUCACGGCAACGGAGGAACAGGAGAAAUGGCUGGCGGACGCGCAGAACGUGGUCAAGCAGCAGAGCUUCUACAUGAGGAAGGCGCUGGAUUCGAGCAACCUGCGGGAGGCUCUCAAGUACUCGGCCCAGAUGCUGGUGGAGCUGCGCACCUCCAAGCUGUCCCCCCAGAAGUACUACGAGCUCUACAUGCAAACAUUCGAUGAGCUGCGGCACCUGGAGGCCUUCUUCCAGGAGGAGAGCAAGCGCGGACGGAGCAAUGCGGAUCUCUAUGAGCUGGUGCAGCACGCGGGAAACAUCCUGCCACGCUUGUACUUACUGAUCACGGUGGGGUCAGUAUACAUCCGCUCCAAGGAGGCUCCUGCGAAGGACAUCCUGAAAGAUCUGGUCGAGAUGAGCCGCGGCGUGCAGCACCCUAUCCGCGGCCUCUUCCUGCGCAGCUAUCUCUCGCAGAUCAGCAAGGACAAGCUGCCCGACACCGGCUCCGACUACGAGGGCGAGGGGGGCACUAUCCACGACGCCGUGGAGUUCGUGCUCCAAAACUUCACCGAGAUGAACAAGCUGUGGGUGCGCAUGCAACAUCAAGGGUCCGCGAAGGACAAGGCCGACAGGGAGAAGCGGGAAAAGGAGCGGAGCGAGCUGCGAGACCUGGUGGGGAAGAACUUGCUGGUGCUGAGCCAGCUGGAAGGGGUGGACCUGGAGUUGUAUAAGAGCACUGUGCUGCCACGGGUCCUCGAGCAGGUGGUAAACUGCAAGGACGAGAUUGCGCAGGGGUACCUGAUGGACUGCAUCAUCCAGGUGUUCCCCGACGAGUACCACCUGCAAACGCUCGAGACGCUCCUUGCCGCCUGCCCACAACUGCAGCCCAAGGUGGACAUCAAGAGCACCAUGGCGGGCCUCAUGGAGCGGCUGGCCAACUACGCAGCAGCAAACUCCCAGGUGCUGUCCGUGUUUGCUGAGGUGGAGGCGUUCGAGAAGCUGAGCACGGCGGUAGCCACCGUAGUGGAGGCGCAGGUGGACAUGCCGCUCGUCUCCGCCGUCAGCCUCCAUGUGGCGCUCCUCAACUUCGUCCUGCGCUGCCACGCCGACCGCCUCGACUACGUCGACUCUGUCCUUGGGUCGUGCGUGAAGAUGCUGGCGGGGCAGGGCAAGAUCCGCGAGGCCAAGAGCGUGAAGGCGAUCGUGGCGCUGCUGAGCGAGCCGCUGGCGCAGUACGGCGACGUGGUGACGGUGCUGCAGCUGGGCCACUACGGGCAGCUCAUGGCCACGCUCGAGUUCGAGACCAACAAGGUGAUGGCCGUCCUGGUCAUCCAGAGCAUCCUCAAGAACGGCACGCGCAUCGGCGACUGCGCGCGCGUCGAGGCGCUCUUCCAGCUGCUGCAGGAGCUCAUCCGGGACGGCGAGGACGCGCCGCCCGUCGACCAGCUGGACCAGGAGGACUUUGCGGAGGAGCAGAACCUGGUGGCGCGAUUGCUGCAUGUGCUCGUCAACGACGACCCUGAGGAGCAAUUCAAGAUUCUGAGUGCGGCUCGGAAACAAUUUGGUCUUGGUGGACCGCGGCGGCUCGUCUUCACCCUGCCUCCCUUGGUCGUGGAGAGCCUCAAGCUGGUGCGGCGGUUGCAAGCGCGUGGCGAGGUAGAGGAGGGCGGUGUUACGCCCAAGAAGGUGUUCCAGUUUCUGCACCAGACCGUGGAGGCCCUCGCCAAUGUGCCCGCACCCGAGCUCGCCUUCCGCCUCUACCUCCUCUGCGCCGAGGCUGCCAGCGACUGCGACCUGGAACCCAUCGCCUACGAGUUCUUCACGCAAGCGUUCAUCCUGUACGAGGAAGACAUCGCGGACUCCAAGGCGCAGGUGACGGCCCUGCAGCUGAUGACCGGCACGCUGCAGCGGACGGUCGUGUUUGGCACUGAGAACCGGGACACCUUGACGCACAAGGCCACCGGGUACUCUGCGAAGCUGCUGAAGAAGCCGGACCAGUGCCGCGCUGUGUACAAUUGCUCACACCUCUUCUGGCAAGAUCAAGAAAAAGGGACUCGGGAUGGCGAAAGGGUGCUGCUGUGCUUGAAGCGUGCCCUGCGGAUUGCCAACGCCGCCCAGCAACAAGCCAACGCCACGCGGGGCAGCGGCGGGCCGGUCACGCUCUUCGUCGAGAUUCUCAACAAGUACUUGUACCACUUCGACAAGGGCAACCAGCAGGUGACGACGACCGUCUUGCAAGGCCUGUUGGAGUUGAUAAGCACCGAGGUGAACAGCGAAAGCGCGGUCCAAGACCCUGCCACCGAAGCCUUCUACGCCAGCACUCUCAAGCACAUAAGUUUCCAGAAACAGAAAGGAGGGGAAGCGGGGGACAGAUACGAGGCUAUCAAAGUACAAUGAGAUCCGGCUCGGUAACUCGCGUGGCACGCAUUUGUAAGUAUGUAUAGGUAACACGCCAUAUGUAACAGACUCUCUCGGCUUGUCGCCGACAAUGCACGAGACGAGGUCGUAAGUUCGGCGAGCAAGCUCCGGUGCUGGCAUUCCCAGUCGGGGCUGGUUUUGCAAGCGGAUGAGACUUGCAUAGGUGCACAUUGAAACCAUGCAGCUCAUGUACGUGCAGCAUGAACAAUCGCUUGGGCCCGCACUACACAGACCUGACAGAUAAUUUACCCGAU